CUAUUCAAAGGCAUGAGCUUGGUUUAGAUAUAUUAUAUCUAUGAUGGUUAUAUAGUCUAUGGUUAUAUAGUCGGUUGUCUCAUUGGCCGCGUUCAGUAGAACAAGUGAUUAGUAAGCGCUCAGUGAGCUCUUGCAUCUGAUUGGAGUAUAGUUGGAGAUCUAAAAGAAUAUGCCAAAUCAUAUAUAAGAGCUCCCUGAGCGCUUACUGAUCACUUGUUCUACUGAACGCGGCCAUUGUCUUCAUAGAGCUAGAAAACAAUUGAUGCCGCUAAACUAAAUAAUUACCCAGCAUUAUUUUGUGUAGGCAUUUUUCACACAGAAAAUUCGCACACACACUUGUGUUUUUAGUUACGCUAUAUCUGAUUAUCUUCACACAAUAAUUUCGAUAUCCUUUGUGAAGAUAUUGUUCAAAGACGACCGUGAAGAUGGACGCAAAAGCGGUGAGCAAAGAUUGCCAAGAUAAAUCACCCUUCUCGUUAGUUAAGUCUAUAGACAAUUAUAUUGGUUACUGCCGAACAGAAGAAGAUAUUUCAACAUUAACCUUUACUUGGGAAAUUGCAAACUUUUGGGAUAUAUAUCAACUGCAACUUCCUAUUUAUACCGGCAUUAUCAACUCAGAAGAUGUUCAAUUUCAGCUAAAUACAGAUAAGGAAAAACAAAAUUUGUAUUUGUAUCUAAUGUCUACUCACAAGUAUGUAGGUAUAUGUCACGUAUUUCUAAAGAAUAAUGAACCAAACUUUUAUGAAACGAUAAAUAUGACAGAUAAAAUAAUUUAUAUAUGCAGUAUACCUAUUAUAUUACUCUUGAAAAAUACAACAAAAUACUUGCCUAAUAACACUCUUACAAUAUAUAUUAAAUGUGAAUGGUAUAACAAUGUAUCACAGAAAACUAUGUACACAACAAUAUCGAAAUCCUAUAAUACAUCAUCAGAAAAUAUAAAGGAGACUGAUCUUGAUAAAGAAUCACUUGUUACUUUUAUAAUAGGCGAUAAACGGCUCUAUGCAAACAAAAAUUUAAUAUGUGCAAAAAGCACAGUUUUCCAGGCUAUGUUCCAUUGUGAGAUGAAGGAAGGUAUAACAAAUGAGGUAAAAAUAACAGAUGUGAAAUACGAUGUUUUAAAAUUGUUAUUAUCUUAUAUAAAAGUUUGUUUUAUACCUGAUCAUAUCGACAAUGUAGAUACAUUGUCUGAUCUCUUUAUAGCAGCCGAUAAAUAUGAUUUACAAGAUCUUAAAACGUUGUGUGAAUUGCUCUUAAUGACAUUAAUUAAUGUAGAAAACUACUUAGAAUUAUUGGCAAAAAUAUGUUUAUAUAAUACAAAAUAUUUAGAGAAAUAUAUUCUAAAAUUUAUCCAGAUACAACCAAAGGAUAUAUUUAAACAAGAACUUCUAAAAUUAAUCGAAACAUCCACGAAUUCUGCAUGUUGUCAUCACAUUAUGAAAUAUACUGAAAUUCAGAUAAUUUUGUCUUGCGAUACUAAAACUAGUAGUAGUAGUAGUAAGAUACAAGUCUACAAGUCUACAAGUCUACAAGAUAUUAAGUCUACAAGUGAAUCAAGUUCGCAAACCACGAACCAAAUAUCUAGACCAUACUACCUAGACCAUAUACCAGGAGAAUACUAAUGUUACACAAAAAUCAUUAGAAACUUGAUAUUAAUUUAAACAUCAAGAUCUUUACUCUAUUAUUGAUAAAAAGAAAGUUCGAAAUAAAGGUCUAAUUAUCGGCCAUAAAUUAGCAAUAUUCUUAUAAAACUUAAUUUUUUUCUCGAUUAAUUGGACAGUAUUAAUCCGGUUUUUUUUAUUUGUAUUGAUAUUGAGAAAAAACAAUUUUUAAAAUACUAAGUUGCAAAAGCAACAUAUAUUUUAUUUUUCUGAAUGUGGGUGUAUAUAUUGCACUUUUCACUUAUUUUUAUUUUCUGCUUUGAAUAUAUUUUACCAACGAAUAUAUAUAAUGCUUUCUGUUUGUAUUUUUUGCGAUAUAUUUGUGUAUUAAAAAAAUGUUUAUUUAACAUGUAUUUGUGACUUUACUAUUAGCUAUGCUAUAAUAUAUCCGUGUUGUAAGCAUUACAAAACUUACAUUAUAUGUAUGUUUUGUCCAAUUUUUAUUUUUUAACUUAGCACUGAAAUUAUAGCUUUGUAGAGCGCAGUAUCGAUUUCUUAUGUGAAACUCUUGAAUAACUUUAUGUAUUCAUUUCUUGUGAAGCUCUAGAAUAGCUUUAUGUGUAUAACUAUGUGUUUAGAUUAUUAUAUUGAUCUACUAUAUAAUGUUCAAUAAAAUAA